CAGACCCACCAGAGAGUAGGCCCCUGGCCAAACCCACUGCGUCACCUAUGAAAUGUAUUUUUGUCCUAUAAUAUGGUGCCCACAUGUGAUGGGUUUUUAUUCGCAGUAGUGACCUUUAUUAGCUGUUCAGAUAGACAAGUUCUCUGGCUGCUGUCAUAUUAAUUAAAGGGCAAUUAAAACACAGCCAAAGGUCCACGUGAUUUCUGAGGGAGAGUUUGCGUAAAGUUACACCUAAGCGGGAAGCUAGAACAUGUCUUUGGUGCACUUGUUGGUGAGUCCAUUAAAUGGUCUCACGGCAUGAUUCCUUCCGAAUAAUUUGUUCAGGUUUCGGAUUUCACUUCCACAGUUGAACCCUUGAUCAACAUACUGUAACAGCGCUGAGGGGAGCUGAUAUAGUUCACUGUAAAUAGUGUCUAUUUCUGUGCAUAAUCUUCUGUUCUGAUUGGUCGUUGUAUUGCUUAUGCAUAGUUUGGCACGGGGGAAUUCUGGGGAGUUCACGGGGUGACCGCCUAACCAUUGUGUGGGGAAGGGGGGUUUAGAGUGCCGUGGGGGAAUUUUGCAGUGUUCUGGGACUGCUUGGUGUUGUCUGGAGUGUCUUCCCUAAGAUUGUUCUUGAGAGGAUAUGUAUGCAGUCAGUAAAGAGCGUGUUCCUGUUACUCUGGGUCAAUCUGUAGUAGUUCCAUGGGUGGAUCCUGCAAUAUUUACCCUGACUUAUACAGCGACGGCACGUGGUUGUGUAAAUGGAUAAAUCAUUGUACAGCUGAUGUAACAUUACAGCCUUAGGCUUAGAGAAAAGUGUCAGAUAAAAAUAAUGACAGCACGGACUUGCAGCUCGCGCUAAACACACGGAAAGCUUCAAUUGACAGUGUGAACUUGUUUUGGAAGAGUUUCUUUCGAAUUGAAGCGGGAGGAGGACCUUGGAACCUGGCCCGCCACACUGCUGUGGAUCUCGGUAAGCUUCUGGGCGCUUUGAACCCCCCACAGACCACCAUCUUCAUCCUCACUCGCACCUUCAGCGCAACCAUCAUCUCCUCCCGAGCCUCCCCCCUCCCAGCACUUUUCACACUCCUCUCUGCCCGCAAUGAACGGAGUCGCGAGCCUGUCCGCAGCUCACCGGGUCGCCGUCUUCGGGGGCACGCAUGGGAACGAGCUAUCCGGCAUCGCGCUCGUGGGUCUGUGGCUGCGGGACGGCGCGGAGAUCCGACGCAGAGGCCUCGAGGUGCGGCCCUUCAUGGCGAACCCGCGCGCUGUGCAGGAACGCGCGAGGUACAUCGACACGGACCUGAACCGCGCGUUCACGCCCGAGAAUCUGAGUAGCUUCCAGGGUGAAGACCUUCCUUACGAAGUCAAGAGAGCUCAGGAAAUCAAUCAGAUCUUUGGUCCUAUGGGCAGUCCUGAUGCCUACGAUGUUAUUUUUGACCUUCACAACACCACCUCCAACAUGGGAUGCACGCUCAUUUUGGAGAGCUCCAAUGACCACUUUAACCUUCAGAUGGUGCAUUACAUCAAGCAUGCUGUGGCUCCUGUCACCUGUUCAGUCCUGCUAAAUGAUCAUCCUCGCCUUCAUUAUUCCACCACGCGGUCUGUAGCAAAACACCCUAUUGGACUUGAGGUUGGUCCCCAGCCUCAAGGUGUCUUAAGAAGUAAUAUUUUUGAAUCCAUGAGGUUAAUUUUGAAGCAUGCUUUGGAUUUCAUUGAACAUUUUAAUGGAGGUGUAGAGUUUCUGCCUUGCACUGUGGAAGUGUAUCGAGUUGUGGAGAGAGUGGAUUACCCCAGAGACUCAAACGGCAACAUUUCUGCCAUGGUGCAUCCUGAUCUGCAGGACUGCGACUGGGAGCCUCUGAACCCUGGCGACCCUAUGUUCCAAAUGUUUGAUGGAAGAACUGUCCAGUACAAAGGUGACUGCACAGUGUAUCCUACAUUUAUAAACGAGGCGGCCUAUUAUGAGAAACAACAGGCCUUUGUGAUGACCAAAAAAGAGACGUUAAAUGCCAAUGGCAUUAAAGUUACCAAAAGUUAGCUCUCUUUGUGGGUGGUCAACAGAAAAUAAUCCCCAGGAUACAAUUUCAAAAAUAGAUUUUAUUAUUUUAACACUGAAGAU